UUUUCAUGGUUCGUGCUAGGCCCCUUAGUUCCAGUGAAGGAAAAUCUUAACACUAUAGCAUACAAUGACAUUCUGGACAAUUCUGUGCUUUCAACUUUGUGGCAACAGUUUGGGGAAGGUCAUUUCCUGUUUCAGCAUGACAAUGCACCCAUGCACAAAGCGAGGUCCAUACUGAAAUGGUUUGUCGAGAUCGUGUGGAAGAACUUGACUGGCCUGCACAGAGCCCUGACCUCAACCCCAUCGAACACCUUUUGGAUGAAUUGGUACACUAACUACGAACCAGGCUUAAUCGGCCGACAUCAGUGCCCGAUCUCACUAAUGCUCUUGUGGCUGAAUGGAAGCAAGUCCCCACAGCAAUGUUCCAACAUCCUAGUGGAAAGCCUUCCCAGAAGAGUGGAGGCUGUUAUAGCAGCAAGGGGGGGACCAACUCCAUGUUAAUGCCCAUGAUUUUGGAAUGAGAUGUUUGACGAGCAGUUGUCCAUACUUUUGGUCAUGUGGUGUAUGUGCUUGGGUGGGUUACUUUGGGAAGGAAUGGAGAGAGGUAGUUUGAGACAUUGCAGUUUAUAUUGUGGAAUAAAAACAUUUUCUCCUAAUAUCAAAGGAACGGUUUUCAUCUUUUAAUUUGGUCCACUAGAUGUCGUAAUAUCAACACUAGUGUGUCGUCCCACUAUCCUAUAAGCAGGUUUAUUGCGUGAUGAAUGCAUAAGGAUUAUUGGUGUUUAGUCAAAAGAACCUUGAAUUAAAUGGCCACAAUAGGCUACAAAAGUAUAAUUCUCUCUUGAUGACAUUAUGCACAAACUUAUAAUAGCCCCAUACAGAAUAUAAAUGAUUUAAUAGCUAUCAAUUUGCAACUUGUGUUGUCUAAUGGCUCCAGUCCAGCUCCAGUGCGCUGAUCUUAAAUUGGGCAUUGAGCUAAACAGUUAUUCGAGAGGCGGCCCAGGCAGUCCUCCAGAUAGUUUGGACAAGGAGAGGGUACUGACCUAUUUCAAUUGCACCGAAAGACCAUUUCAAAGAGAGACUGGAGAGGUCAAUGAACCUGAGAUUAGUGUUCCAAUAGAACUAUUAUUAUCAAAGGACUUUUGGAGACCGGACGUACCAAUUACACACCGGUUUGCGUAACAGGACAUUUUUGUGGGAAAUAAUGUGGAAAGUGCAGAAUCAACGCUCUGUGGACAGCGAGGAGGACUCCGAUAUUGACAAACUGUUAGCCGCUCUGACACCCGCCGAGGUGGAAGAGCUGCAGUGCGAACUGACCGUUAUUGACCCGGAUCCAGCUGUGCCAGUCGGGCUCCGGCAGAGGAACCAGACAGACAAGCAGCCGUCAAUAAAAUACAAUAGGGGGGCGAUGCUUGGCUACUGUGAGCGCGAAACCAAGAAACUCAUUCAAAGGGAGCUGUCCUUUGAGGAGCCAACAGCUGACAGAGUGAAAUGGGAACGCCUGAAGAAGAUGGGGAAGAGCUGUGAUAGUUUCUUCUACUUCAAGUCAGAUGACCCGGAUGACCAGGAUGUCAUGGACCUAAACUUCUCUGCUGUGGAGACCACUAAGGAGGACAUAUCCAAGGACAAAGAAGUCCUAUCCAAGGACAAAGAGGAAAAACCAGAGAGCAAGAACUUGAAGGGUGAGGGAGGGAGUAGAGAGGAAAAUGAGGAAAGACCACAUAGUAGGUUAGGAGGAGAUAAAGACAGUGAAAAAAAGGAAGAUUGGAUUGUUGAAAAUAGCAGUGAACUACAGGUUGAAGUAAAAGACAAAAAGGAUAAGUGUAGUAACAAAACACUUCACCUUAUCUCAAAAUUGCAAACAAAAAAAGAGGAUUUGAAAGAAAAGGAGAAAAAAAACAGAACAAAGACAGACUCUAAAACCAAGGACCUGAUUUCAAAGCUUCGAGGGCAAGCUGAGAAAGACGAUAGUAAGGAGAAAGAUAAAGAGAAAUCUCAAAAAAUGAAGGAUAGCAAGAUAAGAGGAAUGUUCUCUAAAGUAGAGGAAAAGCAAAAAGAACUCAGAGGUACUGAGAUGAAGAAAAAGAGGAAUAAUGAGAAGGACAAAGAGAGAGAAAACACCCAAUCACACAGGAAACGAAGUAGUGUCCAGGAUAAGACACAGAAAGACAGUGAAAAGGAGACAGAAAGGAAUCCUAAUAAAUACAGUGAAGUCAACAAUGUAAUCCUAGAGAACAGCAGUAGGGAUGAACGCCUGGCUGGUGAAGUCAAGGAGCUCAUGUUUGAUGAGCUCCUUGAGCAGGUCAGAAAAGAUGACCCUUUAAUGACGGAGCUCAAUGUCAACAACUCAGAUGUCAUCAAGACCCACACUCUCAUCCAAUUUGCAGAAGCACAACAACACAACACACGUCAAGACGUUUGCUUUAGCCAACACCCGGGCUGAUGACCAUGUGGCUUAUGCCAUUGCCGGCACUGUGCGGAACAACACGUCUCUGACCAGCGUAAUCCUUGACUCCAACUACCUCACUGGCAAGGGAAUUUUGGCCAUGGUACACGCCUUAGAGAAAAAUAUAACCGUCACUGAACUGCGCUUCCACAACCAGCGGCACAUCUGUGGAGGCAAGACAGAGAUGGAGAUGGCCAAUGCGUUGAGAAACAACACCAGGUUGAUGAAGCUGGGCUACGGCUUUGAGCUGGCCGGCCCAAGGAUGACCAUGACCGACAUCCUGAGUCGGAACAUGGACUUGCAACGUCGACUGGAGGAGAAGAAACAGGUGCAGCUGCAAGCCCAUUCAUCCCAGCAGCCUCAACCAUUCCAGUCAUCAUGCCAGACACCGCAACCACAGACCAACACAAAAAAGAACACCUUGCCUUUGGGGAAGUUAUCUCAACCUCAACCCAAGUCUGUUGGUGAGACUAAGAGGACAGGAAACCUUCUGAAAACAUCUCCUAUUUUGUCCCCUCCUAAACCCUCACCUGAACCCUUCUACAAGGUGAGCGGCAAAGCUGGGGACAUGGCGAGCCCCAAGGCUGUGGGUAAGCUGAACCCUAAGGCUUGGGGUGGUAGAUCUGGACCAGGGUCUACAUCACCUCCUCCUAAGGCUGGGGAUGCUGGAUCUCGUCCUAGGUCUCCACCACCUCCACCUCAGGCUCCUAAGGCUGGCCGAUCUGGACCAGCAGCACACCCACCUCCUCCCCCUGUCCCAGUGUUGGAGGGCCUAAGGAAAGCUCUUAUGCCUGCCUCACAGAAAUGCUGGCUUUAUAUAUAUACUGCUCAAAAAAAUAAAGGGAACACUUAAACAACA